AUGACAUACAAGGAUAUCCACAAGCAACUUAUAUUCACGACGCUCACGCUCAAUUCUUCCACUUUAUACUCCACAGAAAAUGUUAAGCUAGCGCACUCCAUAAAUAAUUUGAACUGUUCUGAACUUGUUCUGCUGGAGCUUGGGCUCAUCAAUUCAUCCAAAACCCUUAUAGGGCUGUUCCCUGUUUAUACCAGUGGCGCUGUCACGAAGACGUUUCUUUUAUUGUACUUCAUGAAGAAGACGCUCCAUAACCCUGAUGGUAGCAAUGAUCUCGUCACAGUCGUCACGUUGGCACAUCAUGAUGUGAACAAGACACUUAUCUUGUCGAUUCUCAAGAAGAUUAUGGACAAGUAUUUCGAGUUCCGUAAGGAGAUGAGUUCCACUACGGACAAUGCCGAUUCGCUGUCGACAGCUGAUCAGUCUCGGAAUAAACCCGGCGAAUUCAAAAUGUAUAUGACUCAAAUUAUCAAGUUCGAAGAGAUGCAAUACGAGUCAAAUCAGCGUAUGUAUAACUAUGGCAGCAUCAAUCGUGGUGACGACGAUAGUGAUGGUUCCGGGCCGUCCAGAGGAGAUGUGAUCACGCCAAACCAACUUCUCUUGGCAAACGAAGAGGUGGGUGAAGUCCGCCUGUUGAUGCUUGAUAACAUAAACAAGCUCAUGAACCGAGGAGAUAAAAUUAACUCCCUUGUGGACCAGACUGACCGUCUCACAUCUUCAUCGCUGGUGUUUCAACGAAAAGCUCAAGCUAUCAAGCGCAAAAUGUGGUUCAGCAAUGCGAAGUUCUGGAUCGUGUGUGUUUCCGUCUUCAUUCUCUUGCUAUACUUCUUCAUCGGCUUCGAAUGUGGGUUUCCGCUAUUCGGCCAUUGCAUAAGGCAUUAA